AUGCAUCUGUCUGGUGUUAAAAGUGUUCUUAUAGAUGAAUCUAAAGAAAAAGAAGAAAGUGUAAUCAAAAAAUUAAAGAAGAACCUCAAUGAUGAAGCCUUAAUAAACAAUCAAAAGAACCAUAUAAAUAAUAUAUUGA